CUCUUCCCCAUGCUAUUUAGAAGAAAGCAAGCACGGGGAUAGCGUUUGGGAGGCUUUUUCAGACCAAUGCUUCAUGCGCUGUCCCAUCCAUGCAGUUGGUGGGCUGAAUCAUUUCUUGCGAUUGUUUUCUUCUUAGUUUCCCACGUCUUGUUCAGGCCUUUGCUGCACGACUGACUCUUCUCUGCUUUAUCAUUCUUUUUAGUGCUUUUACUUUAAUAGGGCUCAGUCGCUAUUUAUACAGUUCCAGUAAUUUAAAUUAAUCUGAAAUGUAUGUGUAUAACAGUUCCACUGGUGGUUACAUGUCAUGUUGAUCAGUCUACAAUCAUAAAGUGUCAUUCUUUUUGUUGUUGCUUCAAUCUUGACAGAGUUCAUACAGUUCACAAAAGAUCGAGACACUAGAGACUUACAGUCUUCACUCUGCCUCAUUGGAUUUGUAAGGUCAGUUCUCAUCUAAACCAGAUGCCUGCUUUCUUGAUGUGUAAUGAUAUAAUAUUGAGCUCAGCUUCUGGGUGAGUUUUUCAUGAAACUAACCAGACGAAUCAGCUUCUACGGGCUUAACAUGAGUAGAAAAAUGGGCAGUAGUUAAAUGCACAUGAUGGUCUUCUGUAUCCCAUUGCUAGAUUAAUGUACAAGAUGAAGAGGCUUUAUUCUUGCACAUGGUAUGUUGAGACCUUGCAUCACUGCGCGAUUUCAUGAAAGUAUUGAUAACAAUCGCCUUUCGAGUCAAACUUCUCCUGAAGUCAUGGAUCACAAAAGAACAUUGCAGGAAAAAGAGAAUCUUAAUGAAGAACGAUCACAUGCUGGGAUUGCUGUGUCAUUCACUCACUCUUACCUUUAUUCUACCACCUCUCUGGCCCUUUGGAAACUAAGAAGAAUUAAAAGACGUGUAAGGUCAGGUAGCCUUCCAGACGCAGACAUGGCACUUUGGUUUUGGUACGCCAGUCUUGUGAUUCCAAUCCUUCACUAGACUACCGCUACUUUAAUGGUGGCACCACAUCCACGGGCAUGGUUCUUAGUUCCUCUAGAUAAAGAAGCACUAUAUAAAAAGCUAGUGGGGCAUGGUUAUCAUUUAAUAUUAGACAAAAUAAUUAGAGUUGUCAUGAUUUCAAAAUAGAGCCAAAGUCUUGAUACAUAGCUCUAAAAGGACUCUUAUAUGCAAGAGAGAUCGAUUGCCAUCUCCUUGAAGGGAGCAACAGCACAAAGAAAAGAUGAACAAGUUGUGCUGUCUCUUCCUCUCCUCACUGUCUUUCUUCUCCACCAUGGUCUUCUCUUGGCAGCAUCGGAAGCCCUACCAACCUGGCUACUUAGAAGGCCCCUCGCAGCUGGUGAACCUGGCGUACCACAUGGGCCCCGUUCUCUCCACCCCCACCAACCUCUACACCAUUUGGUAUGGGCGCUGGAAUCCAACACAAGAGGCCAUCAUCAAAGAUUUCCUCCUCUCCCUCUCCUCCCCUUCUCCUUCGCCUUCCGUCAGCGACUGGUGGCGCACCGUCCGCCUCUACACCGACCAAACCGGAUCCAACAUAACCGGGACCUUCGUGCUUGCCGGGGAGCACCGCGACGCCGAUUACUCGCAUGGCACGACGCUCUCCCGGCUGGCUAUCCAAUCCGUCAUCAAGUCUGCGGUCGCUGCAUAUCCUCAGCCAUUGCCACUGGACGCCUACAAUGGUCUGUACUUAGUGCUGACGUCGCCGGACGUUGAAGUGGAGGACUUUUGCAGGGAGGUGUGUGGCUUCCACUACUUCACCUUUCCGGCGAUCGUCGGAGUGACUGUCCCGUAUGCAUGGGUUGGUCACAGUGGGUCGCAGUGCCCGGGAAUGUGUGCAUACCCUUUUGCAUCGCCGGGUUACCUCGGAGGAGCGGCGAGCAACGCCAGCGGUCGCAGCAUGGAAGUGUUCGCAGCACCGAACGGCGACGUCGGGGCCGACGGCAUGGUGAGUGUGAUUGGGCACGAGCUGGCGGAGAUGUCAAGCAACCCGCUGAUCAAUGCAUGGUUCGCCGGCGGCGAUCCGACCGCCCCGACGGAGAUCGCCGACCUGUGCAUUGGAGUUUAUGGGACAGGAGGGGGUGGGGGGUAUGUGGGGAGUGUGUAUAAGAGUUCAGAGGGGGAGGCCUACAAUCUGAAUGGUGUGAAGGGGAGGAGGUUUUUGGUGCAGUGGAUUUGGAAUCCCGUCAGGAAUACUUGCUUUGGGCCUAAUGCAGUCAAUUGAGGAGUGUAUUUUGGGUAAUUUCAUAUCUUGAUCCUUCUUCAGAAAGACAGCUAAAUACUCCGUUCUCGUUUUUAUUACUUUUUCCAUAGUAUUAAUUUGAGAGAACUUUGUAUAUUUUGGUUUGGGUCUUUCAGUACUUUGAGCAACUUCUGGGAUGUAUUUACGAUGAAUCAUUAAAAGUAUAUAUAUCAAGAUGUUAUAUGGUGUUUGCUUCCA